AAAAGAUUGAUGCAAAACACAAAAAACAAAUAAAUCGAGCGUGCAAAACAUGCAAAAAUUUAAAAUUAUACAUUGUAUCAAUAAUUUUAUUGUAACAAAGUAAUUACAAUUAAUAUAAUAUAUACUUACCAGAGAAUUAUUUACAAUCAUGAGUUGCAUACAAUGUGGUAAAGAAUCUAAAUACAAAUGCCCUACAUGUCGAGAAUCUUAUUGCUCAGUUACCUGCUACAAACUUCACAAGGAGGUACCCUGCUCACCGCCACCGCAAUCACCACAAGAGACAAAAGAACCUAUUGUUGAGUUUGAUUUUCCUACCGAAGACACAGUUUCUAAUGAGAAACUAAAACUGCUUGAAGAGUCCAAAGAAUUAAGAAAAUGUCUAGAAAAUCCACAUGUAAGAGAAAUACUAGAAAUAUUAGAUACAGCGCCUCAUCCAGAUGUUUUAUUAAAUGAAUACAUGCAAGAGCCAAUAUUUACAGAAUUUGUAGAUGCCUGUUUAAGUAUUGUUCAAGAUAAAAGUGAUAACAAGCAUGAUUAAAAGUGAUAUUGUGUAAAAUAUAGCCAAUUUUUUUGUUUCA